AUCACACACACACACACACACAGACACACGCGCCCCGACACACGCGCACACACACACACACACACAAACACACGUCCCCUCCGACUCACAUACACACUGGCACACGCACGCACACACACGCUGCGGGAUCUUUGCUGAAAAUCGGAGCACACUACCGGGGACGCAAUGAUGGUGAAACUGGCCGUGGUGCUGCUGGUUUUGUCAGUGCUGGAGCAAGUGGUGGGAUUGGAUAUUAUCGAUAUCCACGACAGCCUCCCGGAGAAGCCCGUGAGCCAAAAAGGACGCCUCUCCUUGCAGAAUACAGCCGAGAUGCAGCACUGCCUGGUGAGUGCAGGGGAUGUCGGCUGUGGUGUGUUUGAGUGCUUUGAGAAUAACUCCUGCGAGAUACGAGGGCUACAGGAAAUCUGCAUGACGUUCCUGCACAACGCUGGCAAAUUUGACUCUCAGGGGAAGUCCUUCAUCAAGGAUGCUCUGAAAUGUAUGGCACACGGGCUGCGGCACAAGUUCAGCUGCAUAAGCAGGAAGUGUGUGUCCAUUAAAGAGAUGGUGUUCCAGCUCCAGAGAGAGUGUUAUCUCAAACACAACCUGUGCUCUGCUGCUAAGGACAAUGUGGCCGUCAUGGUGGAAAUGAUCCAUUUCGAAGAUCUCUUCCCUAAAGGCCCAUAUGUGGAGCUGGUGAACAUUCUUCUGAGCUGUGGCGAGGAGGUGAAGGAGGCCCUGACACGGAGUGUCAGGCUGCAGUGCGAGCAGAAUUGGGGGGCUCUGUGCGACAGCCUGAGCCUCUGCGCCUCCCUAGCCCCGUCUCCCGCCGGUUCCGCCAUCGAACACCACCGCCGCCCCUCGCCCUCCCAUCCCGAGCCAGAGCACCCUCGCCCCCCGCGACAAGGCGAUAAGGAAAAACCUGCCAAGGUGAGCUUCAACGCUCACCCACGCAAUCGCAGUCAGGGGACCCGGCGCCACAGCCUGGACGCCACCGAGGCCACCGUCAUCCGGAGGUGAAAGCGUCCCGACCUUUGACCACCCACAACGUAAAAACAACCACACCUGCAGACUUAUGCACACCUGUCACAUUAAACCACACCCUCACACAUGCACACACAUGCACACACAUGCACACACACAUACACACAAACACAAAAUCCCAGACAGACUGAGCAGAAGGAAAAAAAGCAUCUACCUUUCCUGCCCCUAUUCCGCCAUCUCCAGUCAUUCCAGCAAUCUCACAUAGUAAACUUGCAGGGUAAUUGUGGUGUACUGGCUUGUACUUAUACGCCAGACCGUAGGCCUCGAUACAAAAAAAGAAUAAUACUUGUUAUUAUCAUGAUUAUUUUAACUGUUAGGACUAUUUUUGGCUCUAAUAUAGCAUUUGUCAAAUCUUACUUAGUGUAAGUAUUUGAUUGCAUUUGUAUUAUUUAUUUUAUUCUGUAUACAAUGUUGAAGUAUCAAAAUGUACAUAGAAAUAUACUUAUCUAUAUUUAUAUAAACAUGUAUAAAUAUAGUUCCUAUAUGCAAUACUGGUAUACUGUAGAUGACAUAGUAUAUGCUGUGUGGUCUGUUGUUCUCUUGACAGUAUUGCACCCAUCACACAACGGUCUGUAGGUAUGUGACAUACACCAUUUGUUAUCUCAAAGUGGGAAUGUGUAUUAUAAUUAUAGACACUUCAAUACAAAUUGUACAGGUUUCGAGUCCAGUUCUGGCACAUAUAAAAUGUAGCGCGUGAUGGCCAUGAAGCCUUGUGCAUUCUUAAAGUGAACAUCCACUCUACAGUGGAUGCAAAAUGAAUACUAGUAAUAGUAUGGGUGGUUAUUUCACGCGUGUAUGUAACGAUAAGUCUUCAAAAAGCUAGAAACAAGAGCGCCGAGGCGCACCUCUUGACGUCUUCGAAAUGACUGGGAGACGAGCCCGGCCUCUUGUUUCAUACGUAGGAAGUAGGAAAGCAACUCUGGCGUGACGCAGAAAGUAUCACGUCGCUCCCAUUCAUUGUCGAUCGUGUGUCUCGUCAACAAGAUGGAUUAAUGUCGCGCUUGUAGCUGGUCGAGACAUCGUCGUUCUCGUUCGCGAUUAAUAAUUGAACUGUCAAAUGUUAGGCCUUCCCUUUUGAGUUGGUUUCCCAGCUAACUGUCAGCUAUCUGUGAACAGCAGCAAAAAGGGGGGAUGUUCAAUCAAGUCCUUUUUCAAAAUGUAAAGUCCCAAACAUCGAGGUGCCUAAACGUGUUAUUGUCCACAGCGACCGCUUCUCUGUGAUUUUUAAGUGAAUGGAUGCUAAUGUGUCGUAAGGAGAUUUAAUGUUGAGCUAUUUCACAACAAUGUUGAGCCACAGAAGUCUUUGAUUUUGCACUUUGGAUGAUUGUCAGUUGUGUGUUGGACUGCUGCAGGUUUAGAGAAAAGACCACGUUACCAGAGCAGUCGCCCUCUAAACCCGGACCGUGUGUGGAGAAUGUUUCAUUUGAUCCACCCCGAUUUCCCUUCAUCAAAAACAGCAGCAGGUUUUCGUAUCCCCACGCGUUCCUUCGGGACCAGGCUCAGCCCCUUCCUCAGAAGAUCAAUGUGAUCCUAAAUUAGCCCUUAUUCCACCGUGGUGCUUUUACCCAGGUCAGGAGAGACAUGGAGGCCUGUUACUCUACUCGUUAACGCCGCGGGCAAAGCAGCGAGCAACCAGGAACUGGGAUAAGUCCACACUCUCUGGCGCUGUAAUUCUAAAUGUUAUAUUUACCGAGGCCACCAGAGGAUUCCUCUGGGCCGCGGCCAAGAGCGAGCAGCACGGAGGCAGAGGGGAGAAGAGGGACGUUGCUCUGUGAUUCACUUCAUUUUACUCUUCUUUUCUCCCUUCUUAAGGCAGGUUUUUUUGUUUUUUUUUUAUCAUUACCAUUCUUUUAGUUGUAGACACAACCCACCACAUCGUGCUGGGGAACGAUUGGAGCGAGAGAAAAAAAAUCAAAUCUGCUUGGAUCUCGUUGCUCAGUUAAGGGUUUCUUUAUUUUUUCUAUUUCCCUGAUGUUUUUUUUUUUCCCUCCCAAUCAUUUAGAGACUGUUAUAUGCACAGAGGGUUUGAAUCAUCAGUGAGGCUUCCAGGCUUUUAUUUUUUUUUUCCGUUGGGAUUCCUGUGACAUCCCAGCAGCAGACAUAAGCUAAUCCUAUUAAGAAUGUACUGUAUGUGUGUGAUGUGACAUCUGUUCAGCUGCCUGUGUUGGAUUUUGCUUCUUUUGUAAUAAUGUAGUUGCUUGAAAGGCUUUUCUUUAUGUGUUAAGGGGAAAUAAAACUAACCACGUUUCAGGUAUUGUCAGUGGUCCAUCAAUACGUUACGUCUUUUCCUCCAUUAAGCACAAAGACUCUGCUCCAACUGUAGAAAAUACAGGACGAAGACCAGAGGUUUAUAACUCACUUGACAUCGGGCAUAUGAUCCUAUCAAUAUCUUUGGACUCAUGAAGUCAGAUGUAUCUUGUUACCAUUAAAAUAUUUUUGUCUGUA